GAACAUUCUCCAUUCUCCCUCCUAGCCUAGCUUACAAUAUUCUAAAAAAACCCAUUGUAGAAUUAUGUACAAGGCCCUAGAAGUAACUCAGGUCGGGCUUGGCCCGACAAGCCCUUCCAGACCCUUGUCUGGUACUGUUCACGCGCGCCUAGUAGUUUCUAGAGAGUUUUGGACCGCUCCAGUCCACUGCAAAGGUGUUGAUACCAUAUCCACGUGUAUUUCUCGCAUGUCGACACUUCUUUCGCUGCGCGCAUCGCACACUAUGUGGACGCCCUUGGUCGCUCCUGCGCGCGCUUGUGUGUCUCAAUUGCGACCCCAUGCCACGGCCGUGGCAUUGACACUGCCAACUCAUGCGAGGCCCGCCUUCGAGCGUUCCAUGUCGCACUCGCGCCAAUGCCCGUGCUUGCGCUCGCACGCCCUAGUGCCUCGAGCCAUACCGCACCCAUGCGUGCCAGUGCCUCGACCCAGUUUGCCCGUGCGUGUACCCAUGUCUCGGGCCAAGACACUCUCACGCGCACACGCAUGUCGCCCCGAUUGCUCCUGCACACUCUUGUGUGUCCUGUCCGCAACUUUACGCCAUGGCCUCGGUAUCGACGCCUCCAUUGGUAAGACCCGUUGUGUCUCGAGCGAUCCACUUUGCGCCUGUACCCUUGUAUGCGUAUGUGUCGUAAUCGCAACCCCGUGUCGCGAUACCGACACCCUCGUCCAGGAUGCCCGCGUCCACGCUUCCACUUGCACUUGUGCUCAUGCUCGCGCCAACCCUCAUGUCCGCACUCACACUCUGCAAUGCUGCAUGGCAUGUCUCCUGGACGCGGCACACACCGUCUGUGUGCCUGUGGCUGCAGCUCCGUACCAUGAUGUCCUUGACUCUGGCCCCCAAACUCGCGUGCUGUGACAGGGGACUGGAAAUUCCGU